AUGCCCAAAGACGCUGAAUCCCAGACAGAAGGGGGCCUACGGCCCAAGGUCCUAUCAAUGAGUGCCGAAGUUCGGGCGGACAAUCCGUAUUCUCGCUUAAUGGCGUUGCAAAGGAUGGGCGUGGUACGCGACUACCGAGCAAUUACUAAGAAGGCUGUGCUGCUGGUGGGUGUAGGAGGAGUGGGCUCUGUAGCGGCUGAAAUGCUUGUUCGUUGCGGGGUCGGUAAGAUCAUCCUUUUCGAUUUCGACUCUGUCGAAUUGUCAAACAUGAAUCGCCUCUUCUUCACGCCCAAGGACGUGGGAAUGACCAAAGUAGAGGCUGCCCGACGGACUCUUUCCUUCAUUAAUCCUGACGUGGAAAUGGAGACUCACAAUGCAAACAUCUGCGAAGAGUUCGAUCUUUUCUUGUCCCGCAUUAUGAAUGGCAAGGAUUCAAUGGUACAUCGCGACCAGGAAACAGGGCAGACACAUUCUCAACGCCGCCGACUAAAUUGCUUGGGGAAAUAUCCAGUUGACCUCGUUCUGAGUUGUGUUGACAACUAUGCAGCCCGCAUCACCAUUAGCCAAGCAUGCAACGAGGCUGGAGUACCAUGGUUUAACAGUGGGGUCAGCGAGAACGCCACCAGCGGGCAAGUGCAGCUGUGCAUUCCUGGAAUUCUCGCGUGCUUCCAGUGCGCGCCGCCAUACGUUGUCGCCACAAAGGAGGAUGAGAAUGCAAUCAAGCGUGAGGGCGUCUGUGCUGCAUCGCUCCCAACUACCAUGGGUGUAACAGCCGGCAUUCUAGUUCAGAAUGUCCUCAAGUUUCUACUUGGUUUCGGUCGACCGUCCACCUUUCUUGGUUGGGAGUCGCUGGAAGAUUACUUUACCACUUUACGCCUGCGGCCGAAUGACCAGUGUGCGGAUGCAUGGUGCUGCACUAGACAGAAAGAAGUGCAAGAACGGGGCCUCAAUCUGGAAGACUACAUCCCUAGAGCACAGGAGGAAAGGAAAGCAGAUGGGCCUCUCCAUAAGGAUAACCCUUUCGGCAUAUGUCUGGUGGACGAUGGGGAUCUAGAGGAUAAACAUCAAACGCCAGGAACAGGUCCCGAGGCCAUGAAGAAUAGGCCACCUGUUUGCGCAGCAUCUGUAGACGACUUAGCUGCAAAGCUGAAGUCUCUUCAGGCCUGA